GCAGAGAUGGACUCCAAAGUCGGCUGUCAGGUCAACAUGUCAUCAGAACCCAUAGCCCUCAGGUUUAUACCCAGAGUGCCUAAGGAGAGGAAGCAAAUGAUCCUCAUCUCUGUCAUCCUGGUGCUUCUGGCCAUUAUUAUUAUUGGAGCGAUUCUCAUUGGCGUUUACAUGACGCAGCAACACACCGAAAAGAUAAUUAAAAUCACUAGUAGUAGAGGAGAUGGCGACGUGGUUGAGCAAACUAUGAUGGUGAACAACCAGGAAAGUGUUGCUGCCUUUCAUAUCCAGAGCAAUACGACCUCAGCAACUGUUGUCUACGACUAUAAACACGGUCUGAUCGGCUUCCGAAUUCAGGACAGAAAACAAUGCUCAGUGGUAGCAAUGGAUUCAGUUGAUGUGCCAAGCCUAAGUGAAAUCACCCAAGGAAUAGAGCACUUUGAUGAACAUGACUCAGGAGAUGACCACGUGUCCUACAGCUUCAAGCAAGGAAAACUGGCAGAUCGCACAACUCUAGGAACCACAAUGAAUAUCCUCUGCAGUGAUGUCCCUGUGUACUGGGCUGAGAACAACCACAAAGCACAAAGAAGUAGUUUGCUGUGUGGAGGGCUUCUGAUUCUUAAACUCUGUUUAACACUGUUACUGUGACAAAGUGAUAGUCUGACCAUAUGUAGAAUAAUAGAAUUGUAGAGUUGGAAGUAACCCAAGAGUCAUAUAGUCCAAUUCCCUACAAAGCCGGAAUUUCAACUAAAGCAUCCAUGAGAAAUGGCCAUCCAACCUCUGCUUGAAAGCCUCCAAGUUCACCAUCUUCCGAGGGAAUCUGUUCCACUGUCAAACAGCUCUGCCAGAAAAUUCUUCCAGAUGUUUAGUCAGAUUCCACUUUCUUGUAACUUGAAGCCAUUGGAUGAAGUCUAAGACUCCGGAGCAGGAUAAAACAAGCUUGCUCCCUCCGCCAUGUGAUGCAUCAUGCUCAUGUUUUGUUUUUGUUUUUUUGUUUUUUUUAUUCAUUUUCCUUUUUCAUUCAUUACAUACAUCUCAUAUUCAUAACAUUUACUAUGCAUUCCUUCCUCCCUCCCCUCCUGGGCUUCCCCUAACUUCUGCUUCCGAUUUGUUUCUCCUUUCACCCACUUUGCUACCUCCUAAAAGAAAAAACUACUAAUAACAUAUUCAUACAAUAACAUCAAACCUAAAAUCAUAAAAAUAGCAAUGAAUACAGCAUAUUAUUUUUCUAUCUUCAACACAUGUUCUAAUACUAAUAAUGUGGAUGUUUAUUUAAAUCCUGCCAUCAGGUCUAUAGGCUUUCUUUGUUUCUGCAAGUAUAAUAUAAAUGGUUCCCAUUCUUUUUUAAAGUCACUGUCGUCUUUUUCUCUUAGUCUGUCUGUCAUUUUUGCCAGUUCUGCAUAGUUCAUCAGUUUCUCCUGCCAUUGUUCUUUAGUUGGUAUUUCUCCAGUCUUCCAAUUUUGUGCAAUCAAAAUUCUCGCUGCUGUAGUGGCAUACAUAAAUAAAGUCCUCUUUUCUUUCGGUAUAUCUUGGCCUAAAAUACCUAGUAGAAAGGCUUCUGGGUUUUU